AAAACCCUGGCGGCGGCGCGCGGGAACCCUCGGUCCCGCUGGCUCCGGAGCGCGGGGAGGCGGGGCCGGGGCCGAUCCGCUGCCGGCGCCCCCGCCCCUCGGACCCGGCUCCCGGAGUGGGGCUCCCCGCGCGCGGACACACGACGGCCAGGGCGCCGAGGCGGUACCUUUAGCCGAGCGAUGAAGAGAGCCCGGGAGACCCGACCGCAGCCGGCCGAGACGUUUCCUGCGCCCCGGGUGGCUGCCGCCGCCGCCGCCGCCGCGUGAAACUCCCCAAAGUUGAGAGCCAGCGAGAGGCUGCCGCCCGCCGGGAGCAGGAGGGAAAGGAACUCGGAAGAUGCAGGAGUGACGGACAGAGACCGACGGACUCACGGACCAGCAGACACCACCGUUCGGCGGCCUAGCCCCAGAGCCAGUGAGGCUUUUCGGCUCUGUUCACUGGUGGGAAGCUGAGUUGGCGGAAAGACGCCAGGAAGAGACUUGGAGGCGACCAUAAUGUCUGUACGUUUACACACACUGCCCACCCUGCCUGGAGUUGUCAGACCGGGUUGCAGGGAGCUGCUGUGUUUGUUGGUGAUCACGGUGACUGUGAGCCGCGGCGCCUCUGGGGUGUGCCCCACUGCUUGCAUCUGUGCCACUGACAUCGUGAGCUGCACCAACAAAAACCUGUCCAAGGUGCCUGGCAACCUGUUCAGACUGAUGAAGAGACUGGAUCUGAGUUACAACAGGAUCGGGCUUCUGGAUUCCGAGUGGAUUCCAGUUUCCUUUGUUAAGUUGAACACUCUAAUAAUUCGUCAUAACAACAUCACCAGCAUUUCCACGGGCAGUUUUUCCACAACUCCAAAUUUGAAGUGUCUUGACUUAUCAUCCAAUAGGCUGAAGACCGUGAAAAGUGCAGUGUUCCAGGAGUUGAAGGUUCUGGAGGUGCUCCUUCUGUACAACAAUCACAUCUCCUAUCUCGACCCUUCUGCUUUUGGAGGGCUCUCCCAGUUGCAAAAACUCUACUUAAGUGGAAACUUUCUGACGCAGUUUCCCAUGGAUUUGUAUGUUGGGAGGUUCAAGCUGGCAGAACUGAUGUUUCUAGAUGUUUCUUAUAAUCAAAUCCCCUCCCUGCCAAUGCACCAUAUUAAUUUAGUGCCAGGAAAACAGCUGAGAGGCAUCUAUCUUCAUGGCAACCCAUUUGUCUGUGACUGUUCCCUUUAUUCAUUGCUCAUCUUUUGGUAUCGUAGGCACUUUAGCUCAGUGAUGGAUUUUAAGAAUGACUAUACCUGCCGCCUGUGGUCUGACUCUAGGCACUCCCACCAGGUGCUUCUGCUCCAGGAUAGCUUUAUGAAUUGCUCGGACAGUAUCAUCAACGGCUCCUUCCGUGCACUUGGCUUUAUUCAUGACGCUCAAGUCGGGGAAAGGCUGAUCGUCCCCUGUGACAGCAAGACUGGUAAUGCAAAUACUGAUUUCAUUUGGGUUGGUCCAGAUAACAGACUGCUGGAGCCAGAUAAAGAUCUGGAAAACUUUCACGUGUUUCGCAAUGGAAGUCUGGUUAUAGAAAGUCCUCGUUUUGAGGACGCUGGAGUGUAUUCCUGUAUUGCGAUGAACAGGCAACGCCUGUUAAAUGAGACUGUGGAUGUCACAAUAAACGUGAGCAACUUCACCGUGAACAGAUCCCAUGCCCAUGAGGCAUUUAACACAGCUUUUACCACUCUCGCAGCCUGCGUGGCCAGUAUCGUGUUGGUACUUUUGUAUCUCUAUCUGACGCCCUGUCCCUGCAAGUGUAAAAGCAAGAGACAAAAAAACGUUCUCAAUCAAAGCAAUGCCCAUUCGUCUAUCCUCAAUCCUGGUCCUGCUAGUGAUGCCCCCGCUGAUGAACGGAAGGCAGGUGCCGGUAAAAGAGUGGUGUUUUUGGAACCCUUGAAGGAUACUGCAGCAGGGCAGAAUGGGAAAGUCAGGCUCUUUCCCAGUGAGACAGUUAUAGCUGAGGGCAUCCUAAAGUCCGCGAGGGUGAAAUCCGACUCAGAUUCAGUCAAUUCUGUGUUUUCAGACACACCCUUUGUGGCAUCCACUUAAUUUUGUGCCUGUAUCUGUAUGGUAUAGUAAUUUAACUCUCCAUACUUAACUUUCUGUGCAGUCUGCAAAAUAAACAGCAGGACCGAAAUGGUGUCGUUUUGCGUUUUGAAAUGCAACCCAGUGCUCUCUUUAACUGGUUAAGAGGAAAUGUGGUAACGCACUUUUGGUUCCUCAAUGUGCCAGAGAAAGGUGGGGUUGUUUUCCAAAGUGUAAGUUCUAGAUGACAAUAGCUUGGUCUCUAGCACCACUGAUCAUUUCAGAGCUGGUGUGGAGGUGACGUUGUCUUUUUAUUCAGGAUUCUUGCCAGAAAAAAUAAAUUUCAGUGAAUUAGUGUUCCUUAAGAAGAGACUUUACCAGCUUAUUUAGGACCAAAGUUAUUUUAAAGACAAGCAUCCGUGUCCUAUUUCAUUUUUAAAAGCUGUAGAAGGAAGAACAGUACUUAUAAAACACAAAGUGAGGUUAGAUUAGGGAAUAAUUCAGCUAAUUUCAUACCUGAGACCACAGUGAACAGACGACACUGAUAAAAUGUGCUGGAUAAUGCCACAUCCCAUAUGGUGUUAGAUAAAUAGUGCAAUAAAGGUACAUUUGUUUGACUGUCUUCUUUCCAUUCUGUACAUUCCUUAUCCUUGAACAAAAGACGUUAUUGAAAGUUGGAAGUCAUCAUUCGUUGUUGCCAUAAAUAUGUAGGCGUCAAUACCAAAAUGUCUGAGUAACUUCUUAAGCCUUUGUCCUAGCUGACUGGUAUUUGUUUAUAUGCUCGUGUAUAUGUAAGUCAAAUUAUAUGAACUAUUAAAUAGAUUCUACUGUAUUGUGCGCUGGACAUUUGAAUUAAUGUAAAUACAUGUAUUGUGUGAGUUGACGUUCUGUUUUAUUGGGCUACUUAAAAACAUAAAUCUAAGAUGUUCU